GGUGUUCUCAUCGUACAAAUGACUAAGACACGUGAAAUCUACCAGCGUGAACAAUCAAUGACUAAAACGAUUUAUUGACAACAGAAAUUAAAAACCGAGUUCAAAGUGAUUAUAUUAUUGUAUUUAUCGGUAUAAUUACUUUUCUAACAAUAUCGAGGUGGCAACACGACCAAGGGAAAACCAAAAUUUCACGAUGUAUCGAGAAAAUUUUCUUUAAAUUUUCUUUCGUUAUUGAUUAUUAUGAAGCUCCUGAAUUGUGGAGUGAAUAAAAAUGUGCUCUUCUAAUCAGUCGUUAAUUAAAAGGUUAUAUAAAAACGAACGACGUCAAAUGGCCUUAAAUUUAACUUGACGAUUAUUGUUAUAAUUAUUCUUGUCAUCAGAUGUUUAUAUAAUAAUAAAUUAUAAAAUAAUUACGCAAUUUUCUUAGCGAGACGGAAGAUUAAUGUAUAUCGUUAAAUAAUUGACGUAAUUCUUAUAUAGAAAGAUUAGAGUAAAUUUUUAAAAGAAUCGGACAAAAUGGGAUCGGAACAGAGUUCUCAGGGUGGUACUCACAAUACCAAUGCUAAUAGAACAAGAAAUAUACCAUUGAGACGUGGUAAAAGUGUACCGAAUCGUGAAAGAGUACCGGAAGACACACCACCUAGAUGUACCAGUCCUGGUGCAAGCAUUUGUUCAGAUUCUGAUUUACCGUAUAUAUCUUACACUGUGAAUAGACCCAUUGGAGAUUCACCAAAGAUGACAAAUAAGCAAUCACAAUUAUAUAGAGGCAAGAGUUUGGGUGCACAAGAUAUAUCUAGACGUAAAAAUAAUUUAAAUACCAGUAGCUACAGAAAAACUACCUCUGAUAAAAUACACAAUAUAGUAGUAGUGAAAUCAGCUGCAGCAGAUCCUACAGCUGACAAAGAUCCUGACUUGGUUAAAUUACAAAGUAUUCCCAUGUUCCUACCUAUUAUGCGUGGCACUCUCAAUUUGCCCCCAGGUGUAAGAGAUCCAGAGGUCCUAGAAAGACUUAAUCCUAUUGGUCUGUUUAAUCUGUGUGCACGUUAUCAACAUCAUCUGAACACUAAUGCUCAAAUGAUUGCCACUGAACAAGCUAGUCUAUGCAUUAAUAUUGAGCCAGAAGUGACCAAAAUUCUUAAUUUGGCAACAGAAAGGCAAAAGAAAUUUGCCAAGUUUGCUGAACAAUUGAACAAAGUACACGAGCUUAGUAAACAAUUAACUAAAUGCCAUUCCCUUUUAAAUCAAACUCUAGAAAGCCUUGAAACUUUGAACAAUCUUUUACCAAUUGAAGAUAGAUUAGAACCAUUUGUAUGGACUACUGGAUAAAAUUCAUAUUAAAAAGUACAUUGAAUGUAGUUUUGGAAAAUCACAUAUUGCACUGGUGCUAAGAGAUAAUCUGAAUUAAUUCGAUACAAAAUCUCUUAAAGAUUUGUUUUGUUUCUUUUAUCAAACAUGA